AUGGUUAUUGCUAAAUCGAUGGAAAGAGGAAAAGGACCACCUGCAAUGUUCUCAGCGCAAAAUUCAAAAGACAACAUUUGUCAUAGUGUGGAGUCCCGGACCCCUGCCCUGGUGAGCUUUCCCGGGCACCCAAAGCAAGGUUCUUGGCUGAGCAGUACAGGACACCGGCUAGAAUGCCAAGCACCAGGGUCCUUAUGGGGCCGUGAGGAGGGUCACAAUGGCGAAGAAGGUUCCAAACAGGAACAGAUGACAGCUGCGGGCGAAACACCGCGGAGGCAUGAGCGAGAGUGUGGACAGAGGAGUCAUACACAUGUGGACGCGGCCGUCGCAUUGAUGUGGCCUCUGCUAUUUGCGGCCUUGUGUACGGGGGUCCAGGCCUCCUCCCUGGAUCCCUCCAUGCCAGACCGAGUCCUUGCCGUGGUGGGCUCGUGCGUGGUCAUCCCCUGCUCCUUCACGCCCUCGGAAAGGAAACCCCCCGAGGUGGUCGUGCGGAUGCGCCUACGAGAUCACAACCGAUUUGCUUUGUUCCGCCAGUACCGCGUGGCCUUCAACAGCGAAGACAUGGCGGAAGUCCCCGGUGAGUUCCGGGGACGUACGUCACUGUCGGGUCUGGUGACAAACGGUGACUGCUCGUUGAAGAUGGACGCGGUCAGUGUAGAAGAUGCCAGAUCCUACGAGGUGGCUCUGAAGAGGAUUGGAGACUUUGCUUGGGGCAGGGCCAAGUCUUUUAGUUUGGACGUUGUGGACACCCCGGAGGCUCCAGUUAUCAGCGGCGUGUCGUCAGCCACCGAUGGACAAGUGGUCACUUUCAACUGCAGCGUCAGCUACCAGUGCCCCUCCGGACCACCGACCAUGCGUUGGCAAUGGGAGCGAGGAGUGCAGCCAGUGGGGGACCAAGAGGUGCGGUCCCUCUACACCCAAGACCGCCAGCCGGUGCUCCAGACCUCACUCACCUUCAGGGUGUCGCGCCGAGUGAAGGCCAACCUACGAUGUGAGGUCAGCUACCCGAGAGCAAAUGUGGUGGCGGCCUUUAAAGAUCUCCAUGUUACAUUCCCACCCAAAGAUGUGACAGUGCAGGUGCAGACUUUGAUGGUGCAGGAAGGGGGUAGCGCCCUCCUGGUCUGCUCGUGCAAAGCCGACCCACCGGUGUCUGAGUACCGCUGGUCCUACAGCCACCGCGGCCGCACGGUCCACCUGGGCCAGCGCACACACACAAUCCGCCUGCACAACGUGACGCGGGACACGGCGGUCCGCUGCGUGGCCGAGAACCUGGUCGGACGAGCCCAAUCUCGAACCACCGUCCUCAACGUUCACUAUAAACCCGUCAUUCAGCACAUGUCGUCGGCUUGCAUCCUGGAGGAUCGGGAGCUGCGUUGCGUCUGCUCGGCCCAAUCCAACCCGCUUCCCACCCUCAGCUGGAACGUCAAUGGCAUCGCCCCGUCGAGGGGGUUCAACGCAUCCCUCUCAGCCAACGCCCUCACGGCCACUCUAACGGGCCACGUAGACGGAGGGGUGCAGACGGUCGCCUGCUUGGCCCUUAAUAUCCUCGGGAAUUACUCCAUGGUGCUGUGGCAGCGCCAAGGAGGACGAGACUCUCGGCUGCUGCUAUGGUGUUUGGUCCCCGCCGCCGCCGCUAUCUUGUCUGGGAUUUCCCUGGCCGCGCUCGUUUUCUUCUGCUGCUGUCGAAAGACGUCGGGCAAACACGUGCUGAGGGGACGUCCUUUGGGACAGGGACCGUACCAGGCCCGCAUGCCGGUCUACAUCAACUGCUCGGAGGUGAGCCACGUGUACACCAACGGAAGCUACCAGCUGCUCUACCAGAACUGCACGCCGCGCUUUGUGCGCACCAAACAGGUGCGUCCGAUGGGCAGAAGAGGCGGUGAGAGAAGGCGAGGUGGUGCGCGUGGAGGCGUGGACACACAAGUCGGCACCAGAGAGGUGCAGGGUGGCACUACGGCUGAUCCGGAAUCAGCCAUCUACCUGGAGGUCCUCUAAAAAUUUCACUGAGCGAGGAUGACCCUGUGACCUUCCUCUGUACAUUGUUUUAUUUAUGUGACAGAUGAAAAGCUUUAAUAGCCACUUUGUCUGGUUUGGUUUGAUCUGUCCUGCUUGUACGCACAUGAAUGGAUUCUUGUUAAGAGAUUUUAUGUUCCUCUACAGGCGGCAAAGCAUAAAAAAGCUUUAUUGCAUGUGUGUGUGUGUGUGGGGCGGGGGGCAUGUCACAAUGACGAUGCAAUUUUUUCCUGCUUGAAAAAUAGGCUUGUAGCCCUUGUUGUGAUUAUGAAAUGAGAAUAAUGGACUUGAUGGCUCUUUAUCGUUGAAAUGUCACACAAAAAUACAAUUAAAAAGUAUCAUUUUUAAUAAACU